ACUCUUACAAGUGUUUGGAGUUUCAGCGCCAAAGUUAGGUAGGCACAAGGGUUCAUUACUGAUCCCGAUGGAGCUGGCGAAGGAUGAGGGAUGAUGCAGGCAAGCUUAGUGCAGAGGCGCACGAUCAUUUAACAGUGUUACCGAUAAGGGAAAUAAGCCCUAGGGACAUAAUGUGCCGCGCUUCCUCCCGGUGCUGGAUCGAUUGUAGUGUUACUGACACUAUUUGCACAGCCUCGAUUGGGCCCUGCUUAAGGCAAGGCUAGUGACAUCUGCGGUGACAUCAAACGUCAUCGGACUGCUGCCCUCGUCCAUCUUUCUCUUAAAAGAGACACAUUGCCGGUCAAUUCCCUCUUCUGAAGACACCCGAUUCUGUGAUUGAUCAUCCAUCCAACCGCACGUUCAAUACCCACCCAUCCACCUCCGCAUCUUGUAAAUAUGGGCGCCGUCGCUAGCUGCUUGAGCUCCAUCGUCUCGUCGAUUGGACGGGCCAUCAUGGCUGUCUUGAACGGCAUCGUCAGCAUCGUUGGCGCUGUCAUCAACGCAAUCAGCACGGCCCUCAUUGCGACGUUCAACUGCAUCGCCGAUGUCAUCUGCUGCCGCUGUGGCGGUCGCGGCGGCGGAAGGCGCAGAAAGGUCUGAAGUGGUACAAAAUGAGGCCCACCUAGCUACGACGACUCCCCGUAACGAUUGCGAUACCCGAGACAAGUGGCCUCUUGACGAACCGCUAGACGACAACUCUGCCCUUUUACUUCUCGUCUGCUCGCACAAGACUAUGUAAUGUCAUACACGAUGAUCCCGUAC